GGUUCAUCUGGAACCCUAUGAUAUGGAUUAAAACUAUCAUGUUUGUCAUUUUCUGUGCAAAAUGUUGGAAGUGGAUUGUUGGUUGUGGGAACAUGACAUAAGAUGUACUUCAUCUGCCUCUCCAGGGUUGUUGCCAUUGUGACGAACCUCUUGGCCGAGACAACAGUUGAAACAACCAUCAACCUCACAGAUUUCAAGGAAGAUGAAAGAUUUGAGUUGAGCCUGAUCCAUCAGCCAUCAACUCUGCCUGUGCUAAAUGCCACUGAGAGCGACUUAGUCCUGCGGGGUUUCACAGUGGCUGCUCAGGCCCUGGUCCUACUCUCCAUUUUCCUCCUGUCCAGUCUUGGGAAUUUGGCGGUCACCAUUGUCAUCAUCAAACAUCGGCAGCUCCGAACAGUGACCAAUGCUUUCAUCAUGUCUCUGUCGCUGUCUGACUUCCUCACAGCUGUUCUGUGUCUGCCUUUCUCCUUCGUCAUGCUCUUCAGUAAAGACGGCGCCUGGAUGUUUGGUGACCGCUUGUGUGUGGCCAAUGGAUUUUUCACCACCUGCUUUGGCAUCAUCUCCACUCUCACCAUGACGCUGAUCUCAUUUGAUAGAUACUAUGCCAUUGUUUGGCAGCCACAGGCUAAAAUAGGGCGGCAGAAAGCCACGCAGUUGCUGAUAACUGUGUGGUUCACUGCCGUCGCUUUCUCUCUGCCAUGGGACCUGCUCUUUGGAACACCUUGGGAAAUCCAUAAGCGAGGUUUCUACCACUGCAUGUACGUGUUCCACUCUGGAAGCUCUCGCAUGGGCACAGCUUACACCAUUUCCCUAAUUAUUGUUUGUUAUUUACUACCAUUUUCUCUCAUGUGUUUUUGUCAUUAUAACAUCUGCAAAACGGUUCGACUCUCUGAAAUCCGAGUCAGACCGGUGACUACAUAUGCCUACCUACUUCGGUUCUACAGUGAGAUGCGAACAGCCACCACAGUCCUGAUUAUGAUUGUCUUCAUCAUUUUUUGUUGGGGACCGUACUGUUUAAUGGGGUUAGUUAAAGCAGUGGGGGACUACACCUUCAGCCCUGUCCUGGACACAGUGGCCAUCUGGCUAGCAUGGGCAAACGGAGCCAUCAACCCGCUAAUCUACGCACUACAAAAUCCUAAUAUAUCUAUGUUACUAUGGUGCAGCCGAGAGGAGGGCUAUCGAACUCGAAAUAUUGCUGCAUUCUUGUCCAGCCAAAGCCAGAGCUGUGACAUAAACCUUAAUCAAGCAGGGAGGGUGAGGGAUCGCUACGUGAGUCGAGUUGGAGUACAUAACACUCGCUUGUCUGGCUCAAGUACAGAAAAAGGAGGUGGGGCCGAGGUGGCAACGUGGGCUUGCAAAAAUCCUGCAGUGUUUUUUUGUAGAGAUGCACAACCCAACACUAGAACGCUCCAUCACUCUUUCACCUGUCCAAAAGUGAAGACUGCUGACACCAGCCUGUGACACUG